AUGACAUUCAACGCUGAGCUCAUAGGGCCGGCAACUGUUAGUAGCCGAUCGAGGCUGUCGCAAACUGCGAACAAACUUGCUUGUGCCCAUAUCACUGCCAAACUGUACGAAAAGGCGCAGGACUGGUUCAAAAUAUCCGAGGAGUGGUGGCACUUGAUUGUUACGAAUGGCGAGGAAACUGAUCAUCGUCCAGCUCGCCAUAUCAUGGAACAUGCGCGGUACUUCAUGUGCCUUCAGAAAUAUGCUCAAGCAGAAGAGAUGCUGAAUGGGUACAUUCCUCGACUCAAGACCGAGGACCACAUGGAUUGGGAUAUGCUAGCCCAGUAA